AUGCCACACAGCCAGCGAAAAAAGCGCAGUACCUCCUCCGCGCAAAAACGCACCCAAGUCACAGACAACGACGGCUGGACUCACGUCACGAGCGGCAGCAACGUGCGGCGCGUAAUGCGAAGCACGAAACGAAAUGAUAACGAGCUCGUCACGUCGGAAGAUCAAGAUGAUAAACCGAUAAUUGGUCCCGCCUCAGCGCCGGCCCGGCUUACUUUCGAGGAAUUGGAGGCGCAGUAUAAAGGGUAUCGGGAGCGAUGGGUCGAUUCGGAGACGUGGGAGAUGUUGCAGGGGCAUUUGGGGGGUAGAAUACAUGAACGCGUCGCGGAUGAGAGUUCGCGGGUGAAUUCUGCUGUCUCUGGAUCUAUCGAUGGUAUUGUUUGCAUUGGACUUGGGAGCCCGAGUGGGUUUCUUCGUGAUGGGUGGGUUGAUCGGAGGGCUGUUUCGAUGUAUCAGCUUGCUGCGUUGGAGUGUGUUAAGGAUGUGCUAUCUGCCAGUGGUGAGUCGCCUCCCCUUCCUCGCUGGGAAAUAUUUGCUCUGGGUAAGGCUAACCAUUCUCGAACCACAGGUAAAACCUCAUUCCCAAUCUACGCCCAAGACCCCGCAUUCAAUGAACUAGACCGCGCCCUCCUUGAAUCGCUCGGUAUGACCGUCGUCAACCACCCAGUCGCAUUUGAGCGCCUUACAUCCAACACUUUCCUCUUCUGCCCCGGUGCCGAACGCAAACAUCUGGAAAUGCUGCUCCCGUCCAAUCCAUGCUUUGUUCUUGGUGGGCCUUUGGAGAAUACCGAAUCGUCUGUCAUUCAGACGUAUGUGGAGAAGACCGACUCGAGGGUUCUGAUUCCAUUCGGGGCGCAGGAGCAUGCAUUCUGGAUGAUGCGCCUUUAUUUUUGGGUGCAGGGGAAUGACUCGUGA